AUGGAGCGCAUUGAUAAGCUAACUGACAUAUAUCUAGAGAACCUUGAUCCUAUCAAAGAUGAACAGGUGGAUCAGGAAACCCUGAAGGAAUCUUUGCUUAAUAUCCUCGAUAGUAUCAAGAACCGCAGUGGGAAUACUCUGAAGGAAUCAGCAAUUGGAAGAAUAAAUUCUUCCAAAAUUAAGAAAAUUAGUUUAUGGAACAAGAAAAAUACUGAUUUCUCUAAGUAUUCUGAUGAAUCUGAGAUUCAAGCUUCGAUCACAGGUAUUCUUCCUUGUCUGUUGACUGCGUUCAAGUUUCCAAAUUGCUACAACAUCACAGAUGCAUACCAGUAUUAUUGCCAAGAUAAAAAUGAAAUCAACGCUCUGUUAUUAAUUGAGAGAAGAUUAGUCAGCCAUAUUGUGACUAUUCUGAGCCAACAGCUAGACCAAAUCAAGACUGAAAAAGAUGAUCUUGAGUACAAACUCACAAUCAUGGAUAAAUAAAUGUUAUUCCUUAAGAGAGCAGUGUAACAAGUUAAAAUAAGGAAGAAAUUUCACUCAGAAGGCAUAAUUCUAAACUAGUAUUUAAUUCCUUUGUCAGUGAUCUAACAGAAGUUCCAAGAAAAGACGCCAGAUCUCAGGCAAGGGUGAAGGAAAUGAUGAGAGACCUCUCAUCAGGCUCUCAGAAAGAGAUAAUGUAUGAUACUACUAGUGGGAAAUCGAAUAAUGUUUCUAAGAUUUUAAGAAGGACACAUAAGGCCUGCUCUCAAGAAAAAUAUACAAUGAAUAAGGAAAAUAGUCUUAAUGAUUUGAACCAGAUUGAAGUGGCAAACCAUUUUAUACAUAAAUUCGACAGAUAUGGUACUGGUCUUAAGAAGUUUAAACAAGAAAUGUUGAAGGAGGAAAAGCCUAGCAGAGAUAUCAGAAUUGAUAAAGGAGAUUAUUACAUGCUGCCAGAACCUAAGACCAAGGAUCUCUUAUCAAACUCAUGAGUUAGGCAAGAUAUUUCUUCACAAUUUGUACCUGAAAAUGACAAAGUUAGAUGAAUGUCUGAAAAGAAACGCAAAAUUAUUCAUACUGAUGCUAAGAGUAACCAAGGAGACGAGAAGGAAGAACUUGCAACUUUCCUCGCUCUUGAGUCCGAAACACAGAAGGAGAUCCUCCAAGAAGAAGCUUUUGACAUUGAAGAUAUCAAAAUAGAUAAUCAAAAAGAGAAUCCUUAUUUUGUCCAGAAUCUGUUGAAUGUGAUGAAUAAUAAAAGAGUAGAUAUUUCUAAUGAAAGACAAAGCGUUGAGAGAUCAAUGGAGAAAAGAAUAACACUUGACUCAACAGGCAUAAUUUGUGACACUAGUACCUCAAUGAGAAUGGGCAUUGCCUCAAAAAUUGCUAAUGCCAAGCAUGAGAGGCUAGAUAAAAGCCCUGUGAUGAAGUAUUUAUCCAUCUCUCUGGUCAAGGAAAACCAACCAGGAUCAGCUACUAGAAAGAAUUCGCAAAACACUAUAAAAUUAAAUAAAUACGAUAGCAAGAAAACUAGCAGAGCUUUCUCUCCAAGAUCUGUUGAGAAGAAGCCCAAAGCCAAGCCUACAUUUGGUCUUAAGAAGAACAAGUCAAAGGUAGAAGGAAAAUCUACUUCAAGGAUCCCUCAGCCAAAGGCUAAAAAUAAGGAAUCAAAUGUCAAACAGGGGAAGAUUACCUUAUAUUCUUCCAAAUACACUAGAACUAAGUCCAAGCCGUUUGGGAUGAAGUAACUAUCGUACUCUAGUCUAAUGACUGGCAUAAUUAGCUCAGAAGAGUAAACAACUUUGAUGAGUCUCGAAAUUGGCAUAAUUAUAUAUAAAAAUUAAAAAUUCUCGUUUUCUUGGAAAUACAUGAGAUUUCUCUCUCUUUGGGUUUAAAUUUUAAGGUCAAUAGGUAAGGAGAUGACUUUGUGAUGGGUUAUGGCCAGGCUUCAUCUCUGAUAUGUACAAAAGUUGAAACUUUUAAGGAAUAGUUUAUGGUUUUAAGAUUUUGACUUUCUUAGAUACACCAUUAGUUCCCUCAUUUCUGAUGAAUUAACAAUCCAAUAUAUAAAUCAUUUUUAGGGGUUUUGG